AUGAUCCUUGCGCUACUAGAUGACAUCAAGGAUGACAUUGAGCCUGCCACCCAGAGAUCCCAUGCUUUACCUGGCAUUGUCAAAUUAGUGUCUACUAGUGAUGCGCGGAUGGGCUCUGACGGCACCCGAAUCCCAGUCAUAACUUCAUAUGUAUUAUGUGUCUUUGUUGCCUGUUUAUCCGUUCUUAUAAUGUCUGGAAACCUUCUGGUAAUAAUCUCUAUCAUAUACUUCAAACAGCUCCACACUCCUACAAACUACCUCAUCCUCUCUCUGGCUGUGGCUGACCUGCUUGUUGGUGUUGUAGUUAUGCCUUUUAGCACAAUACUGGCUGUAAGCUCAUGUUGGCAUCUUGAAGGUUUGCUCUAUAGAUACUAUGCAGUGUGUCAGCCUCUGAGGUACAGAACUAAAAUAACUGUCCAUGUUAUUGUGAUCAUGAUCCUAGUGAGCUGGACUGUUUCUGCUCUAAAUGGAAUUGGCCUCACAAUUCGAGGACUGAAUGAAGAACAAUCUAACAAGUGUGUUUUAUUUCAGCGUCUCACAAGUCUAGGAAUUAUGGGAACCUUUUUUGCUUAUUACCUCCCAGGUACUGUAAUGUUCAUCAUCUACCUAAAGAUCUUGAUGGUGUCACAGAGACAGCAGCAUCCAGAACACAAUCUUAAGAUGGAGAGAAAGGCCACCAAAACUCUGGCUAUUGUUAUGGGAGUUUUUCUCAUCUGUUGGACUCCUUUCUUUCUUUCUUUCACCGUUUACCCUUUGAGUAAUUACACAAUACCAGUUUCUGUGAUUGCAUCAUUUAAAUGGCUUGGAUGGUCAAAUUCAAUGCUCAAUCCAUUUGUCUAUGGUUUCUUUUACACCUGGUUUCAAACAUCUUUCAAAAUGAUAAUUUCUGGGAAAAUAUUUCAAGGAGCGGAGAGAAGUGGAGAGGACCACGGAGGUAAGGCGGGGCGGGCCGACACUGUGUAUCCCAGUACGGGUGCUCAAGUGUGGGUGACAGGAGGAGCGCGGAAGAGGAGCGCGGACAUCAAAUAG